AUGUUCCGCGAAAUUGGAUGGAUAAACCCCUCAUUAGUGAUCGAUGAGCUUACACUCGAGACAAUGAAGUCAAUCAUUUCAUUCGUUUUCUUGAUAUUCUUUGAUAUUUCGUUUGCGGCAAUUUUGGUCAUCGUCGAUAGUCGAGCUGAGACUGAGAAUCUUUGCCAACAAGCCCUCAACGAAGCUCAAUCCGAUAAUCAAUGCCCAGACGAGGAAAUCAUCAUUCAACGAGUAAAUGGUUGCAUGCCGGAUCAACCGUCGUUGGGUACCAUCAAUGCUCUGGAGAAGUACUACGCUGGACAGGUCAAUGCUUUUGUUGCUCCGCCGUGUGUUGAUGAGUUAGAAGAAAUCUCUCGACUCUCUUUCUUUAAUGGAAAUCCAGUUCUCACCAGAACACCCGUUUCUAUCGAUAUUCUCAAUAUUGAUGAAUUCCCAAACGUGGUCCAAUUCUCACCAGCUACAUACGUUGGUUUGGGAAUGGCACUGAAAUUUUUGGCGGGAAAGAUCGGUGAGAAAGCGGUAGCUUUGGUUGGACCGGCUCCAGUGGAUAAAAACUAUCCGAUAGCUCAAGGAUUGAAUGAUUACUUGAAAGCAAACGGAAACGCAACGGGAAUCACUGUGAAGUUGUAUUGUGAAAAUGAUGGAUCGGAUUUGAGCUUUGCAAGCAAUAAAGUGGCGCUGAAACAAUCGACAAAAUUAAUCGUCAUUGGCGGAGAUUUCCCAGACUUUGGUGCUGCAUGGGAUGCAUUGGACAUCUCGGGUCUCCUCACCAGUCAAUUCUUCGUUGUCAUUGCUUGCACUACUCCCACUGAUAUCUGUUCAGCCGCAAUCCAGCAAAAAAUUACCAGCAAAGGUGGUGUGGUUUUCUUAGCGCCAGUGAUCAGCAACUUUGACAUGCUAAAUGAGGGUAUUUUUGCCGACGCUAUGCCCGACUAUUGGCAAGCUCAAAAGAACACACUCUUCAACGAGUUCAUGGCAUUGUACAACGCGUGUUAUGGAUAUUGCUUCAGUCCAGGGAAAAACUACAAAACUGGGCGGAAUUAUCAACAACAGUUUGCAAAUCACACUUUCACAAAUGCAAUGGGCACUUCACUCUUUGAUGGCGGUGGAUCAUUGAUACGGGAUUUUGAGGUCGCAGCCUACAAUGGUCCAAGUGGAAACGCGACGACGGUGAUGUCACUGAAAUCGACUCCAAUUCAGUGUAGCGGGACGCUGCUUUGCUUUCAAAUGACUGCGUAUGACAAUGGUAGCAGCUACUGGACAAGUCCACGAAAUCAACAGGUGGACUCAUGUAUCCUUGCCGGUGAUUGCAGCAAUUACUUCCCAUACAUUAUCGGUGGUUGUGCUAUCUUUUUUGUCCUACUCAUCUUUGCGAUUGCCUAUUUUGUGAGAAGAAAACGACGCCUGAACAUGUUUCGAAUGCAUUGGAAGAUUUCGAAAGAGAACCUGAAAAUCAUUGAGAACAAAGUCUCGGGGAUGAAGGGGAAAUCAGCAGGAGCUGGUGCGGACACACUCAGCAGUAAACGAAGAAUUAUCACCAGCUAUGCUCUCCUUGGCACGGCAAAAGCCGAUUUCAUCGCUUUGAAACAGAUUCGAAAAAUUCGAUGGACUCGUCCUGAACUCAAGUUUCUCUUCGAAUUGAAGCAGUUGACGCAUGAUAAUCUCACGAGAUUUCUCGGAAUUUGCUGCAACGAUCUAGAACAUUUCUAUAUUUUGCAUGCGAUCGUGGAAAGAGCAUCCUUGGAGGACUUUGUGCUAGACUCCGAGUUCAACAUGGACGCCACUUUCAAAUCCGCCUUUCUUCGAGAUAUUAUCAAGGGAUUAACUUUCCUCCACAAAUCCGCCAUCGGAUAUCACGGUCUAUUGACGGCGAAAAAUUGUCUAAUUGAUGCGAAUUGGGUGCUGAAAUUGACUCAAUUCGGGAUCAGCUCGAUGAUUCACGAGUUUGCGAAAGCGGAUACAUUGAAACCGUUGGAGAUGAUCCCGUUGCAAAUGUACCACACAUUUGCUCCCGAAUUGCUGAAUGAUCUCGAAAUUGGGAAGAAUUACCCAAAGGGUACUGUCGCCGGUGAUGUUUACAGUAUGGGAAUGAUUCUCUACUAUGUGCUCUUCCGCCAACCACCAUAUGAUCGAUACGUGAUGUCGCAGAGAGAGGUACUUGAUGAGAUCAUGAAGAACUACUUACAACCUGAAGUUUCACUCUCCGAAGAGGAUCCCCUAUUGAAGAUCAUGGUCGAUUGUUGGCACCGUGAUCCGGAACAAAGGCCGAAACUCCGAGCGAUCAACCAGACCGUUCAAACAACUUUCGUUUCAGCAAAAGGCAAUCUCGUUGAUCAAAUGAUCAAAAUGAAUGAGAAAUAUGCACAAAAUUUGGAGAAAAUUGUGGCUGAGAGGAAUGCGAUGUUGCAAGUGGCACAAGAGCAAACGGAUCGUCUACUUUGUGAAAUGCUACCAGCAACUAUUGCCCAAGUACUCAAAAACGGUGGAAUCAUCCCGCCGAGAAGCUACGAUUCGGUGACGGUUCUCUUCUGUCAAAUCGUCGAUUUCCCGGCUCUUUGUGCAAAAAGCAAUGCUGAACAAAUCGUGACUUUCUUGAAUGACGCUUUCACUCUGUUCGAUGAGAUCAUCAAGGAGCAUGAUGCGUAUAAGGUAGAGACAACUGGUGAAACUUACAUGGUCGCUUCUGGUGUACCCAAUGAGAAUGAUGGUCGGCAUGUCUUUGAGAUAGCGGAUGUGUCAUUGGAAAUGAGAGAGGCCUCUUAUCGAUACAAAGUGGUUCAUCUACCCGAGUUCAAAGUCCGUGUCCGAAUCGGUUUCCAUUGUGGUCCGAUUGCAGCUGGAGUGAUCGGCUUGAAGUCGCCAAGAUAUUGCCUCUUCGGCGACACCGUAAAUUUCGCUUCUCGAAUGCAAUCGAAUUGUCCGCCGAAUCAAAUUCAAACGAGCGAGAUCACCGCGAUGAAAUUAUUCGAUGUGCCCGAGUAUCGUUUGGUGAAAAGAGGAAUUGUGCAUGUGAAAGGAAAAGGUGAGGUGAACUGUUACUGGUUGAACGAGCAUGUGCACGAGAAUGGGAAUGGCCAUCAUCCACCGGUGCAUCAUCUCACAUCAAAAGAUAAACAAAGUCAUGUACUGAUGUCAAUCGAUAAGCCACCAACGAGAGAAGGUCGAAGAGCAUCGCUCAUUGAAAAAAAAUUGCCGAUUAUCCGCGCGAAAACCCCGAUUGAGAAGAAAAAUGAU